UCAACCUGUCUCUGCGAUGUGGUUUAGUCGUAUGGCACUGCGCAGGCUCCAGAGGAUUGCUGUUACUCCUUUGAAACUCUCCGGGGAUCAAGUAGGCAAAGUGCAGAGAGAGAUGUCAACCCUGCCUCGGGUGUACGUCACACGGCAGAUCCCACCCGACGGCCUGAAGAUCCUGAAGGAAUCAGGACAGGUGCAGUUUGAGCUGUGGGACUCAGAUGACGUCCCUGUUCCCAGGAAGGAGCUCCUUCAAAAAGUGAAAGGUGUUGACGCUCUGCUCUGCGUGCUGACGGAAAAGAUCGAUGCUGAAUUGCUGGAUGCUGCAGGCCCAAAUUUGAAGGUCGUCAGUACGAUGUCUGUGGGUUUUGAUCAUCUAUCUCUAGAUGAGCUGAAGAAGAGGGGAAUCCGCGUCGGUUAUACCCCUGACGUACUGACGGAUGCUGUUGCUGAACUGACCGUAGCAUUGCUGCUCACAACCUCCCGGAGGCUCAUAGAGGCCACGCACGAGGCCAAGACCGGCGGCUGGGGCACAUGGAGAACUCUGUGGCUGUGUGGGUAUGAGCUGGCCAACAGCACUGUGGGUAUUCUGGGUCUAGGGAGGAUUGGUGUGGCUAUUGCUGAGCGCCUGGCACCUUUCAAAGUCAAAAAAUUCAUCUACACAGAUGUGGCCCCCAGACCCGAGUUGGCCAAACUCAUCAAUGCAGAGUUUGUGCCGAUGGAUGAACUGGCAAAGCAGUCCGACUUUCUGGCAGUCUGCUGCGCUUUAACACCAGAAACAAAGGAGAUCUGCAACAAGGACCUCUUUUCCAAGAUGAAAAAUACCUCCAUCUUCAUUAACACAAGCAGGGGUGGGGUGGUGAAUCAAGAAGAUCUGUACGAGGCUCUGAAAACGGGACAGAUAGCAGGAGCUGGAUUAGACGUCACCGUCCCGGAGCCCCUGCCAACAAGCCACCCGCUCUUCACCCUCAAAAACUGUGUGAUCCUUCCACAUAUCGCCAGCGCCUCGUACACCACCCGUAAUGCCAUGUCAAGCCUGGCCGCUAACAACCUGCUCCUGGGCCUGCAGGGGAAGCCCAUGAUCAAAGGGCUCACGCUUUAAAAAAACAACCAGUUCAACUCAGGGAAUUGAUCACGAAUUGGACAGAUGUCACCGUUUCCCUUUGGAGGACUGAAAUAAGUCCAUGAAUUUUGGUGGCGUGAUGGUUUUGUUUCAUUUUUGGACGUUUCAGUCAACUCUGUACAACAUUUGUCAGCUCGUAUUUGAUUAAAGUGACACAAGUCAACUGAAUUUCACCUUUUUUUAUUUCAGUCUAUACAACAACUGAACCUACUAUACAAUCUUCAUGUUGUUCAACAGCAAAGACACACAUUUAGUCUUCUCAUGGUUACGCUACAUGAAUUGAACAGAAUAGUCAGAAAUCCUUCAGUUUUGGCAUAUCAACAAAAGCCCAGCUUUUCAAGCUACAAGGCAUAAGGCAGUGAAUUUAUUAUUUGAUUUAGGCCUUUUAAAAAGACAUU